AUGUGGGAGCUGUGCUUGCAGUCUCAUUUGGAACAGCAACCUCUUACGCCUUACUUAACUGCACUGUGGCUUCACACCAUCUCCCAGUCGAUUAAAUCCGAAAAGUAUUUCGAGCGUUCUGAAGUAGAUGAAGCCGAUACAGAGGUUGUUGAUGAUGGGGAUAUCGAUUACCGGAGCGUACCGUAUCUAAGAAAUCCCAAUUAUGACGGUUGGUUUGACAUUGAUCGGCCUCGACUGCAACUUGGUCACUGCGCUCUGGCGGUCGCAAGCGCCAUUGAGCGACAGGCCCUGGUGCUUUUCUCUGACACCCUCAUUCUUGACCUGAAGGAAGUCGCUCCGAGUCUUUCCCUGCUUGGAUUCGCUCUUGUGGAGGAUGCUAAUCGACUCCUGACAUUCGCCAAAACCGUUAGUGAAUCUUCUGGGCUUUCCAACUGCAUAGACCAAGAAGUCCUUUCGGCAGUUGAAAGGCUGAUUGAGUCAAGUGAUCGCCGAUCGGAUGACUCGGAAGUAAAACGGGGCGAACCUACGCUCCUGACGGAAUCAGAUGUCAAUUUGACUCUGAAAACCUUCAAGGAACUGGUGGCGAAAUUUCCACCUACAAAGAAGUCCUUCCAUGAUACCGUGGCGAGUCUCGUUUCCAUCAUCUCCAAAGACGCCGAGAUCCUGAAAGCUGAGCAGGCUCGGGUCCAUGAACUCUAUACCAGCUUUGAGACCACUCGGGAGGAGAUCUGGAGAACCGAAGUGGAGCGCAUGCGUCGUCGCGAGGUCCUGUCCUCGGUGAAGAGUCGUCUCCGCGAACUAGCAGACGAGGAGGAGCGCCUGACGUACUUCGACCACACCAAGGAGAUCGAGCACAAGGCCUGGUUGGCACCUCGCACCCGCAAAGAGCGCUCCUGGUCUCGUAUGAAGGAGUGGAAGAAAGAUCUACGCAAUUACCAACAGAAGCGGCAGGGUGGACGAGAGGCCGUCGAAAAUGUCUGA